UCUGUUUAUAUCAUUACUCAUAUUAUUCUUUGAAUUUCUUGACUACUAAUUCAUUAGUGAAUUCCACUGGAUUUUGACAGUAAUGACUUUGUUAAUGUGAAGUCCGACUCAUUUGUGCAAUCGGUAUAAGGUGACUGACUCAGAAUUAUGGAUGACCUUUGGGACCCACCUAACCAUCCAGCAACUGAAGAAAUAAAUUGCCGAAAUGACGGAUGCCAGUGUGGAUUGUCUCUUGCUUAUGAUGAGAUAGAAGAGAAGGGUCUAAACGAGAAAAGCUGCAUACAGGUGCUAAGGAUUUUGAUAAGCAAAGCAGAUGCUGACAUCAUUGAACUUGAAGAAGAGCUUAUGGACCUACUGAGUCAACUAGCCUGCACUGAUGAAGAAUUUUCAAAUACGUUGUCUAUGUUCCUGAGAGUGAAGAUUGAUAUCCUUGACUUGUCCAUAAGGAAAUUGAAGGAUGAUGCUGGAGAUUUUUUGUCAACAAGUAGGGAACCAGCUGAAAGCCUAAAUGCCAUACUGAAGUCUCUUUUCUGUCGUUACUUACAAAAGAAAGAUGAGCAGCUUGCAGGUAAUACCAGUAUUGUUGAAAGCUCCAACUAUCAAGUACAUGCAGACAGUCUGUUUGGGGAGAAGAAACAAAUGGGCAGUUCUUCAAAUGUAAAACAAAUCAAAAGAGUCAUAAUUACUGCAUUGGAGAAACACACAAUUUCACAGACGAGAGUCAAGAUUGAAGAGGAGAACGCAAAUUAUCCUGAAAGUACCAAUAAUUUUGGAGCUCCAUCAUUGAAUAAUGUUCAUUGUAUGACUCCUGUGUCCAAGUAUUCUGCUCUUGGUCUGUGUCAGGGAUCCAUGGAGAAGAUCAACAGAGAAUUGAACAAAUUUCAGAAAGAGAGCCGUACAAUGACAAAGGAUGUUCUACAGAAUAUGACUCCCAGAUGCAACUCUGUCUGCAAGAAGCCAUCUUUGGAAACUCAAGGGAAGUGGAAACAUCAGCUAAAAACGAUCAAGUGCCAGACUGACGAUGAAAGUAUAGGUUCCAGAUCCGUUUCUUUGGAAGAAUCAUCUGAAGCACCCAAUGCAAAGCCAAAUAUCAUUAGAGAAUCGGUUUUUUCUCUUGACAAUAGAGACAAGUCAAAUUCUAUUUCCCUUGAAGCAAGAUCGAGACCAGAUGAUAGUCUGGUAGAUAGAGAACAGAAUGCACCAGAUACACUUUUGGAGCUCUCAGAUCAUAGACUGCAUACUCAAGAUGACUCUGGUCCAAAGCGAAAGCAAAGAUUUCAGACCAAGCUUGUUAGCAAGCAUAAUGUUGAUGAUGGAAAUAUAGAAGUGGUCGUGAAACAAGAGAGGAACGAUGAGGAAGGAGAUGAAAAUUCUAAUCUUUGUCCGAGUGUAUCAUCUACUAAGACAUACAAGAGGCGACACAAACUAACUUCACUUUUGCAGACGAGUUCAAGUGCACCAGGCUUGCUUGAAGGAACCAAAGAGUUGAGCAGCCUUGGAAUCGAUGUGACUAGCCCCCAUGGUCGAUCUGAGAUACUUGGUAGCUUGGACAUGGAUUACUACACUUUAGAUGAUUUAAAAGCCAUUGCAAAGCAACGGAAACUGAAAGGUUAUUCGAAGCUUCGCAAAUCAGAGCUUGCACAGGUACUAGGAAUCAAGGUCAUGGAAGGGAAAAGGAAGCAGAAAAGAAAGGAGGCGUUGCCAGUUUCACCGACACAGGGUGAGCCAUAGCUAUCACUGGUUAACGUUUUAUACUGUUCCACCAUUAAUCCUGAAAACCACCCUUAUACAUACGGCUAUACAAAUGAAAGAAUGAAUCAGUAUUACAAAAUGACAUGGUAGAUACCAAAUAAACUCUAGGUUUCUUACUCAGAAUGACCAUCCCUAUACGAGGUAGAUAUAGUUAGUGAUCAUUUAGAAGAUGCUAACCGUGAUAGUUAUAUAGAUUGGUCGUAAAACUGCUAUUCGUGGUCGGCAUUUUGAGAUAGCCUUUAAUCAAUACAAAAAUCUGAAGAAUAUGUUG